AUAAAAGCGGUCCGCUAAUUGAAAUUUAGCCAGAGCAGGAAAUUAAAUUUAUAAGUUAUAUACAGGAUACCUCAGGAUGAACGCUAAGCAAGCUAUUUUUACGAUAGUUUUUUUGCUCGUUUCAAUGCACGUAACCAAAUGUCAUUUAGCAAAAAAAUUAUUGAAAAGGAUAGACUUUCCGCAGCUUGGACUUCACAUGUAUAAUAGCAUCUUCACCACAUCGAAAGCACUCAAAUCGAUUUUCGACAAUUUUAGAACUUAUUUUAUAAAUAUUCAUCCACGUCUAGCUAAUCACCCAAAAUUUAUAGACCGCAUCAAAGGUAAAUGUAAUAAAAUCAACUCUCAAGAAAUAAUUGAGCCGAUCGCCAUAAUCAAUCCAUCGGACAUGAUGUCAAUCGAAGAUAUUGGACAGGUUGUUCCAAUGAAAAGAUUUGAUCUUGAUCCAAUUGAGCAGAUUGAUGAUGGUCCAAUGAGACGACUUGAUCUUGAUCCAAUUGAGCAGAUUGAUGAUGGUCCAAUGAGACGACUUGAUCUUGAUCCAAUUGACCAGAUUGAUGAUGCUCCAAUGAGACGAGUUGAUCUUGGUCCAAUUGAGCAGGUUGAUGCUGUUCCAUUUAAGCGAGUUGAUCUUGCUCCAAUUGAGAAGGUUGAUGUUGCUCCAAUGAAGCGAGUUGAUCUUGAUCCAAUUGAGCAGAUUAAUUCUGUUCCAAUUAAGAAGGUUGAUGUUACGCCAAUUGAACAGAUUAAUGCUGUUCCAGUUAAAGAGGUUGAUGUUACGGCAGUUAGACAGGUUGAUGCUGUUUCAAUUAAGCAGGUUGAUGCAGUUCCAAUUAAACAGGUUGAUGUUGAUCCAAAUAAGCAGAUUGAUGCUGUUCCAAUUAAGCAGGUUGAUGCAGUUCCAAUUAAACAGGUUGAUGUAGAUCCAAAUAAGCAGGUUGAUGCUGUUCCAAUUGAGCAGGUUGAUGCUGAUCCAAUUAAGCAAGUCAAUACUGAUCCGAUUAAACAAGUUGAUACUGAUCCAAUUAAACAAGUUGAUGAUCAUUCAAUUAAGCAGGUUGAUGCUGAUCCGAUUAAGCAAGUUAACACAGAUUCAUGUACACCUUAA